AUGGUCAGGGAUGGGGGCGACCGGUACCGACCGGACUAUGGUCGACCGCAUGAGCGACCGGUUACCCUCUCCGAAGGGUUUCAGUCGCAGAGUGGAGGCGCAUAUGAUUCCUACAGACCAGAUCGAUUCGCACAACUCAGACAAGUGGAUUCAUGGAGGCCCCCCAGGAACGACGAGUCGCACUCACGGACCGCCACAAAUUCCCAGUCCUCUCACCAUAUCAGUGUUGACUCAGCUGCGGUGGCACACUCCCGAAUUCAAUCGUUCUACUAUACUCCAUAUCAACCUCUAAGAGUGUCGGAUGGCACACGCGAGAGGCAGAUCAUCCAGCAGGCUCAAAGCAGAUUCUCGAUAACUCAACCACAAGACACACCUCGAUAUCAAUUACGGGAGAGACGGCCAGAGCAGAUUGCCCCAUAUAGCACUGCAGCUGCGGGUAGACGUGCACAGGAUGGGACCAGCCCAGUUCCCCGACGUUCUCAGCCCAGUGGAUGGACUGCCGAAGUCGAGUCUCCUCCUGCACCGGUAGCAAGCGAAGAGUACAAGAGGCGAGCAGCGCUGGCACCGGCCCUGAGAGAAACACCACAAAAGCUUCUUGUUAUUCUGGACCUCAACGGCACACUCCUUGUCCGACCUCAACGUCAUCGUCCAAAGUACAUCAUUGUCAGACCCGGUGUCCGCAAGUUGUUAGACUACCUCUUCCAGAACCAUGUUGUCAUGGUCUACUCGUCUGCGAAGCCCGAGAAUUGUGCGGCCAUGGUAAAUCAGUUCUUCCAUCCGACCCAACGGAGUGCGAUGGCCGGUGUGUGGGCCAGAGAUAAGCUCGGCUUGAGCAAAUUGCAGUACAACAGCAAAGUUCAGGUGUACAAAAAGCUCGAGCCGAUCUGGAAAGAUAAAAAGAUCGGAAAGAAGGCAGGACCUGGUCAGAAAUGGGAUCAGAGUAAUACUGUCCUUGUUGACGACAGCCAACUGAAAGGGCUGGCGCAACCCCAUAAUCUAUUGCAGAUCCCGGAGUUUUUCAACGAUGCGCCCAGAGAAGGGGGUCAAGCGCUCUUGGACUGGCAGCGUGAACAAGAACAGAUUGUGUACUCUGUACAGCAGAAACUGGAAGAACUCAAAUGGCAGGUCGACGUAUCCAGGUCGAUUCGACAGUGGCAGACGGGCCAGCGACAAGCGCCGGGCGUGGUCGACGAGACAGUAGACCAAAAGGCUCUCCAAGGUACUGCGGGCCGUGAGCUAUCCCCGACACCGAGUAUCGGUUCUCCUGUGCCGAGCGUCGGUGAGCAUGAAUCUUCAGUCUCGCAACAGGUUCAAUCUUUAGACGCUUCUGUCCAGUCUGAUAUCGAGAACUCGAAGGCGUACGAACCAGGCGGAGGAUUUGGGGAUGUCAACACCGCAGCUGAUGUCACUUUUGCUUUGGAUGAGCUAGAAAAACACAUCGACCGCAGCCUGAAUCUUAACCAGAAUCAGGAUCGAGGUACACACCCGGCUGUUGGUUCUUCGACCGCUACCACUGGCGUCGCUGGCCCUGCCGUCAAAGACCGAGUUCAUCCACCACGAAAGGCCAAGAAGAAGAAAAAGCCGGGCAUGUCGAACAAAGUGCCCAAGAGCCAACGCAAAAGGGAGAUCAAGGCGGCCGCGAAGGAAAGACGUCGCGCCAAACAGCAAGCCCGGGCCCAGGCCGCCAGCGCCGCCAGCGCAAGAAAAGAAGUGCGAGGGGGAAAAAAGCGCCCGAAUCUCUGA